UUACUGUAUGUGUGUAAAAGUACAGCCUGUCAUUUUGUAGUAUGAAAUUGUUCGGCCGGGAGUCAUUGUCAUAGCGGGGUCUUGCAAAGUACGAUUCAUUACAUAAAAGACGACACUUCCUCGUUUUCUCUGACCAAAGAACAUCGAGCGUCCAGCACAUUAUUCAUCUGCAGCCCAUGAACUUCAGUGUUUCUCACGAUCUGGGGAUCUGCAGCCAUGUGGAGCGAGAUUUCAUUUGAUGUGCAGCAAACGCAGAAGGAGACUUUGAGAAACUCCGUUCUGAACUCAACUCUGCCCAAUUCUCUUUUGGGAGGUCAGCCUGUGGGAGAGGUGAUCCAGAAAGGCCACUACACGGCCCUCUCAGUGUCUGCGUAUGAGGGCGACCGCGCAAGGGCUAAGAGAGGAGGUCUGGAAGCUUUAGAGGAUGUCAUAUCUCGAGAGUUUUCUCCUGGAUCUGAAGGCCGUAGGCUGCUUCUUUAUGGCGGUGUUGGAAUGGGUAAGACUACAGCGGUAGAAAAGGUAAUUUGGGAUUGGACGACAGGUACACGCCUGCAACAUUACGCCCUCGUCAUGCGAGUGCCGGUUUGGGAGCUGGCCGCUCUUGGAGGGAAAGCAGAGAGUUUGCAGAACAUGUUGGGCUGCAUACACACUCACAUUUCCACAGAGACUCUCGCCAUCGCUCUACAGAGGCCUCAGUCUCUGCUUCUUGUGCUUGAUGGAUUGGAGCGAUUGCAGAACCUUCUAUGCAGUCCAUUGUCCUCAUCUAGUCUUAUAUGUGAUGUAGAACAAGAAGCGUCCGGCUCCGUCUUGCUGUGCAGUCUACUUCAUGGAUCUCUGCUGUCUGAGGCUUCAUUGCUGAUCACCUCCCGAGGGCCAGUCGAGUCUUUGAGAUGUUUUGAGGUGGUCGGGUUCUCCCAGACCCAGAGGAGAACUUUCUUCCAGCAGUUCUUUGACGACAGAGGCCAAGCAGAGAUACUUUUUCACCAAUCUGAGCAGGCACUGGGAGUGUAUGAGCAGUGUUUUCGUCCGGCCUUCUGCUGGACGCUUUGCAAUGUGUUUAAAACUCAGUUCGAGAAUAAAAAAAACCCACCUGAGACUCUUACUCACUUGCUCAGCAUUAUCACACACAUGCUCCUGCAGGAACAGAAGAUGCAUGCAGAAAAAAACAGAGCGCUUGUGUCUAGUUUGGGAAAAUGUACUAAUCCGGUUUGCUCCUACAGCGAUGUCACAUCCUGCGGCCUGCUUUCUUUUCUACUCUACCCCAUGCUUUCAUCUUUUUUGUGCAUCAAUGGUGAUGUCACUCACCCUGAUACCACAUUCUCCUUCCUGUCUCCAGUGAUGCAUGAGUUCUUAUUGGCCACGUCCUUUUAUCUCGACCAAUCCGUGCAGGAGAUCUCAGACGAUCGCUCAGAUUUGUACUACACAUUUUUAGCGGGACUGUCGGACUCAAUCCAGCGUAAACCAAUUGAAGACGCCGUGGGAAAGUUUGAUGAAAGUCGAAUAUCGAUGUUCUCUCAGUGGUUGAUGGGAAAUGUUUCUAGGGUGUUGCCAGAUGGUGAUGCAACAAAGCACUUUCGUGUUUUUCAGCUUCUGCAACAUGCACGUAACUCAUCUCUGGUCAAAGAAAGCAUUAGUAAGACCAAGUGGAGGCAUGUUUGUUACAGCUCCAUGCAGGAGCCUGACUGUGCUGCGCUGUCAUAUGUAGUGAGUAGUUUGGGAGAGAUGGAGCAUAUGAACCUGUACAGAGCAGAAAUAACAGAUGAACAGGUCGAGAGGCUUAUACCAGCGUUACGGCUGUCGAAAAGCAUUGGUCUGUCACAGAGUCGUCUCAGUUUGAAUGCCAUCACAAACCUGUCAACAGCGCUGGCUGAGGGACGGAUGAUAAAGCUGGAUCUUUCAUACUCCAAACUAGAAAAAGAGUCAGUCAAAACUCUCUGUGAUGCACUCAGGCGCUCCACGCUGGAGUUGCUCAACUUGUGUGGAUGCUCAUUGACUACAGCUGAUUGUGAAGCUCUGGCUCAGAUGCUCUCUGGAGGCUCGCGGCUACAUGUGCUCAAUCUGUUUGGGAAUAAUCUGGAGGAUCAAGGCCUUAUUCACCUCAGCAGUGCCCUGGAAAACUGCAGACUACAGGAAAUCAAUCUGGAUCUAUGCUCACUGACUGCGGCAUCCAUGCCUGCGCUGUCUUCAGCUCUGAACAGCGGUUUUUCAGAUCUGACGAAGCUAUGCCUAAGCCGGAACGAAGUGAUGGAUGAUGGGAUGGAGCUGAUCUCACAAGUGUUACAGAAAGGCCGCCUCAACACAUUGAAUGUGUCUAGCUGUGAGCUGACUAGCUCCUGCUGCUCUUCUCUAGCAGCUGCCCUCCGAUCAGAAAACUGCCGUCUGACUGAGCUGGAUCUGUCCGUAAACGAUCUCGGCCAAUCAGGAGCGAUGCAGAUAUGUGAAGCACUGAUGACUCCUAAAUGCUCACUGGAGAUACUGGAGAUGAGUAGAUGUGAGCUGACCGAGGAGGUGUUUCGAGCACUGGGGAGUAUUUUGACGUCUGGCGUGUCAAAGCUCGUCAGUCUCUCGGUUGGGCUGAACGAUGUUGGCGAUACUGCAGCCAAACACAUUUGGGAGGCGCUGAGACACAAACACUGCAAACUACAGCACCUGGAUCUGGAGAUGCUGUCGCUCACAGACGCUUGCGUCGAGGAGUUAUGCGAAUCUGUUGCUGCCAGCAGCACUUUAUCAACUCUCAUUCUAAAGAACAACAAAAUGACGGACUCCUCCGUACCACGAUUGGUCAAAUUAAUGCUGGACCGUCCUCUAAUGACCGAGCUAAAUCUUAGGUAUAAUGACUUCAGUGAAGAUGUUUUUGAGUUGAUGGACACAUGCCAAAGUAUUGUUUAUUAGAGAAUCACAUUUCAGGUUGGAUGACACUUGCAUGUUUCCUAGUGUAAAAAAAAGCUAUGAUUAAUGCAUAUUCUCUACAAAGUGACACUCUCUAGUGCCCUUUUUACAGAUAGUUUUAUACAGACAAGUAUGAUUGUCUUUGAAUUUGCAACCAAGUAUUAUAAAGUAAUAUUUAUCUGAAGUAAAUAUAGCACAUUGAGGAGAACAUUGUCAGUUUUCAUAAUAAUAUUAAUAAAAAUAGAUAAACUGUUAAAAAUGUUGAUAAAAAAGUGGAUUCUUUCUGGUUAUGAAGAAUAAAUUGCUUCAUAUAUACAUUCAUUUUUAUUUUAAACUUAAGUGUUAAAUACUUUUUUGGGGCUACUGUAAAUCAUUCAGACUGUCAUGUCUGGUUCUUCACAUACUGUACAACCCUCAUACUGUUAUUUAUUUCACAACACUUGUCUGAAAUAACUAGACAGCUAUAGCUCAUAGAAACAGUGAUUUAUUUCACAUUACAUAUUGAGAACAUUCAUUUUAGUGUGAUUUUCUUAAGAACCGAUUCCCUCUGAAUGGACGGUAACAGCUUUAGUUGCACUUAAAGAGGAGCGCUCAGUCUGGCAUUUGUGGCUUUUCUACAGAAUAAAGUGUCUGAAAGUACAGUGCUGCAAGACAUAUUCAUUAGAAAUGAGCAGCAGCUAAUGUGUCAAUCAUGUGACCUUGGACACUCUUAUUGUAACACACACUCACACCCUGCUGAACAGAUCACCAUAGAUUUGCACGCUACUGCUGUUUGAAAUAAGUUUUUUGAUUAAGAUGAAUUAUCUAUUUAAGGAGUAUUCAUAACAACAGCAAUGUUAUUCCGUUCAGCAGGGCUCACAUGCAUACUGCACACAAACACUCACACAUACUCCGUAUUGAAGCAUUGUUCUUCUUUCACUGUUGUUCUGGAUAGUUCUGUAAGCAGUGGAUGAACUCAGUAACAGAUCUCAUACAAUGCAUUAAAAAGAGGAUCUCUGGGGGAGGACAAAAUGUUCAGAUGUGUGUCUUUUAUUUUUUAAUGUUUGGCACUAAAUGUACAAGAGGUUUAAAUCUUAUAAAUCAAAGUUUGUGUCUUA